AUGGUCACUUUCAAACUCUUAUUGGCAAUUGUCACUAUCAAGAAUUGGCACACAUUACAACUAGAUGUCAACAACAUGUUUCUAAAUGGAGACCUCAAUGAAGAGGUCUAUAUGCAACUUUCCAAAGGUUUGAUACUUCCACCAGAAGUUGCUGAUGAACCCAACGUAGUGUGCAAAUUGAACAAAUCGAUCUAUGGCUUAAAACAAUCAACAAGACAAUGGUACAAAAAAUUGUCUGAUGCUUUGAUUCAGGAAGGAUUUGUUCAAUCUCAGGCCGACUACACUCUAUUUACCAGAGGUUCACAAGACAGUUUUUUUGCCAUAUUGGUUUAUGUGGACGACAUUAUACUCACGGAUCCAAAUUUAUCCCUACUAAAUCAACUACAUUCUACUUUAAAUGAGAAAUUUUCUCUUCAAGCUCUUUGCACUCUCAAAUAUUUUCUAGGAUUUGAGAUAGCUCGUGCCAAAGAAGGUUUGGUGUUAUCACAACGAAAGUAUACACUCCAGCUCUUAGAUGACAACAGCUAUAUAGGGAAUAAGCCAACCAAAACCCCCAUGGAUCCUAGAAUCAAGUUAGAUGAUCAACAAGGAGAACCCCUUGAAGAUCCUUCUCCCUAUCGACAACUUGUGGGAAAACUGUUACAUCUUACACUUUCCAGACAAGACAUAACAUUUGCAGUUAACAUUCUCAGUCAAUUCAUGUCCUCGCCACGUACUCCACACAUGCAAGCUGCACACCAUCUUUACCGUUACCUAAAAGGGAGCCCUGGUCAGGGCCUUCUUUACUCUGCCUCAUCCUCAUUGAGCCUAAAGGGAUUUUUUGACUCAGACUGGGCCUCCUGCUCAAUAACACGUCAAUCAACUACUGGAUUCUGCAUUUUUAUUCGCGACUGCUUAAUAUCUUGGCGUACCAAGAAGCAACCUACCAUUUCUCGAAGCUCUGUUGAAGUAGAAUACUAG